AUGGAGUUACUCAACCUAGAUCUUGAGAAAAACAUCACUUUUGUGCGUCCUGCUUAUUUUAUAUUAAGUGGAUUUAUUGGCAUACCUGAUAUGAAGUAUUAUCAUGUCUUUCUCUUUUUUGUUUAUAUUGUCUCAGUGCCCGGAAACAUAGUUGUGAUGGUAAUAAUAUUCUUGGAUCAUACUCUGAGAACUCCAAAAUAUAUUGCAGUGUUUAAUUUAGCAUUUGCAGACCUGUUUGGUAGCUCUGCUGUGGUGCCAAAAGUAUUUGACAUCUUUCAGUUUGACCAUCGCUACAUCCCCUAUGAUGACUGCUUUACAUUCAUGUUUUUCUGCUACGCCUGCCUUGCAAUGGAGCCUCUUAAUCUGGUUGCACUUGCUUAUGACAGACUGAUAGCCAUCAGUUUCCCUCUGCACUAUCAAGUGAAGGUGACCCAUAGGUUCAUGUUUUCUUUGAUUGCCUUUUCCUGGCUCUUUGCCAGUAGUGUUGUUCUCUUUGUAGUUGUCCCUGUAACAACACUUUCCUAUUGUAAAUCUGUGGUUAUUAAUAGUUAUUUUUGUGACUAUGCCUUGGUGCACAAACUAGCCUGCAAUGAAAAUGCAUUCACAUUGUUCACUGGACACUCUGGGCUAAGCCCACAGGCACUGCCCCAUCAUGGGAAACUGCUGAAUCGCACCAUCCAGCUGGGAGAGCGUGUCCCCAUGUCACAGGAGCUGCCACGGCUUGCCUGUCAGCAGCUGUACCAGCGUGGGAAACUACGCCACGCCCAUGUGCUCUGGGGCUAUCAGGAUGUGUAA